AUGACAACGAUAGUGUAUAUAACGUCAUGCCCAACAGGAAGUCACGUGUCAUCAACGAUGCAAAUGAUGCCAUCACAAUCUGCAAGUAACAUGUCAUCAAUGGUGCAUAUGAUGUCAUCACAAUCUGCAAGUAACAUGACAUCAGUAGUGCAAAUGAUUUCAUACCCAACAGCAAGUGACGUGUCAUCAACGAUGCAAAUGAUGCCAUCUUUAUCUGCAAGCGACGUGUCAUCAAUGACACUUAUGAUGCCAUCACAAUCUGGAAGUCAUAUGUCGUCAAUUGUGCAUAUGAUGCCAUCCCAAAGAACGAGUGACGUGUCAACAACGAUGCAAAUGACGCCAUCACAAUCUACAAGUGACAGGACAUCAGUGGUGCAUACGAUGCCAUCCCCAUCUGCAAGUGACAAUUCGUCAAUGAUGCAUAUGAUACCAUCCUCAUCUGCAAGUGACAUGUCAUCAAUGGUGCAUAUAGUAUCAUCCCUAUCUGCAAGUGACAAAACAUCAGUGGUGCAUACGAUGUCAUCCCCAUCUUCAAGUGACGAUUCAUCAAUGAUGCAUAUGAUUCCAUCGUCAUCUGUAAGUGACAUGUCAUCAAUGGUGCAUAUAAUGCCAUCCCCAUCUGCAAGUGACAAGACAUCAGUGGUGCAUACGAUGCCAUCCCCAUCUGCAAGUGACAAUUCAUCAAUGAUGCAUAUGGUGCCAUCCUCAUCUGCAAGUGACAUUCAUAUGUCAUCAAUGGUGCAUAUGAUAUCAUCCCCAUCUACAAGUGACAAUUCAUCAAUGAUGCAUAUGAUGUCAUCCCCAUCUGCGAGUGACAUGUCAUCAGUGGUGCAUAUGAUGUCAUCCCCAUCUACAAGUGACACUUCAUCAAUGAUGCAUAUGAUGUCAUCCCCAUCUGCGAGUGACAUGUCAUCAGUGGUGCAUAUGAUACCAUCCCCAUCUACAAGUGACAAUUCAUCAAUGAUGCAUAUGAUGUCAUCCCCAUCUGCGAGUGACAUGUCAUCAGUGGUGCAUAUGAUGUCAUCCCCAUCUACAAGUGACAUGUCAUCAAUGAUGCAAAUGAUGCCAUCACCAACAACAGUAGCGCCAAAACCUUCGUGUUUACCAGGAUUCACUGGAAGUUAUUGCUCCGAAAAUAUUAAUGACUGUGAAAACAAAAGCUGUUCAGGAAAUGGAAACUGCAUUGACAAAAUAAAUGGCUUUGUAUGUGAAUGUAAAAAUAAUUACUUUGGAAGAAACUGUGAGAAACAAAUUAGUGCCUGUAAUCCAAACCCAUGCGAAAACGAUGGAACUUGCACAGAAGAUGGUGAAGAUGAAACGUUCAACUGUACAUGUACUUCAGCGUUUGAAGGGAAAACCUGCCAAUCAGAGACGCCUACCCAAACAUUUGCCUGUACAAUGAAACUGGAUCAAGAUUAUAAAGAGGAGUACGAUGACAUCAACUCACAAGAAUCUCGUGCCUUCAUUAGAGAUUUGGACUCGAAAUUAGAAUCAUUUUUCAAAAAGAAAUUUCCAGAUUUAAUAAAAAUUAUUUACAAACGUUUUUUCAAAGGAAGUGUUGGCGUUGACUAUGAAUUGCUCUUUCCAACAACCUCAACUGUGACCGAUGGCAACAUCGUGCAAGCUCUUAGAGAAGGUAAUGGCACAAACGAUCUGAGAUUUUUGAGGCUGACAGGAGAUAUAACCGUAACGAAGCAGGUUGUUCAGACGACAGCAGCACCGAUGACAGCAGCACCAACUGCAACCAAAGAAAUUCUCCGUGAUAUGGCGUCCAAUUCUGUAGAAAUUCUCCAUAGUUUGACGUCCAAUGCUGCAGAAAUUCUCCAUGGUAUGGCGUCUAAUGCUGCAGAAAUUCUCCAUGGCAUGGCGUAUAAUGCUGCAGAAAUUCUGCAAGAUCUCCUGUUCUUAAGGCUCUCUCUCUCUCACUUUCUUUUUACAGAAUCGACAAUCAAGGACUGGGAGAUCGUGCUAAUCGCGGCUGCAACAAUUGUCUUUUUUCUAUUGGUGGCUAUUGGCGUUUUGGCGGUGAAAUACAGAAACGCUAAACAGGGUGAAAGGAAGGAAUUGUAUGCCCUUGAUGGAGAAUGGGAACUAAUGGAAAACGGGCAUAAUGGCUUGAGGGCUCAGCGGCAGAGCUAUGCGUCUCCAAUGUAUGACAAAGUACCUGGAUCUGAUAACAAGGCAUAUCAGUAUGACAGUGCAUUGUAAAUUUAAUGAAAAAAAAUCAUCAACGAGGUCGAAAAUCAGCCAGUUUAAAAUGCCUCUUAGAACUCUGUGGCCUCAUCCUAACAGUUGGUUUGAUAACAAAACGACCUUAAUUUAGUUAUUCAAGCUAUCCAAGUUGACGGCAAUAAAAUUCUGUGUCUCUGAGGUAUCACUUAACUUCACGUGCGAUAAAUUCGGUACAUACUAUUUCAAAAAAAAAAAAGAUGGACAUUUGAGGGAUUUAAGGAUCUAGAAAGUGUAACCGACAUUGACCAUAUGUGCGCAGUUUUUUUCAUAAAUUAUUUUACCUUUGUCCAGUUAACGAACAGAUAAAUUCAAUGCCGUCAAUCAACACAUUGGAAAGGAUAUCAGAGCGAGCUCUUAUUUUUUCACUCGAAGGGCGGCCGAUGUAGUUUCUGAGGCUUGCUUUACUGUGAUGACCGGAGAUCGACAUGAUAAGAAAAUCUUUAAAACUCGGAAUGCCUAUUUUGUUUUUCCUUUGAGGAUUUUCGUAUCUGCCCACGUUUUAAUAACGUAAAUAACGGCGCCUGGCAUGUUUACAAACCUUUCUUUGGUUCUUCUGUUACUACUUGCCAGCUCGCUUGUUCCGAAAUUUCACUUUUAAUUAUCGGAAAAAAGCUAAAAAGAAGUCCCGGAAAAGGUCGAACAUGGUACAAUUUGGCAGAUGGCGUGACAGCUUUAGCUCAGUUGUAUGCUCUAUACUCUCAUAGAGCACGCUCUUUCAACCAAUGAGAGCGCGCGUUGUAUCCGAACUUUAUUAUAAACUCUCAUAGAGCACACUCUUUCAACCAAUGACAGCACGCGUUAUAUCCGAACUUUAUUAUAAUAACCAGUAGAGUAAAUUAAUGUAACAGCCUACUUUAUGGCCACCCGAAUUCGCAUAUUAUGAAACUCCAACGGAUAUAGAAUGCCGCAGCUCGGUUGGUCACAGUAACACCAAGAUUCUGUCACGUUACAGCAUUGCGUUCUCACCUUCAUUGGCUCCCGAUUAGUAACCGUAUAAAGUUUAGGAUUCUACUUUUGACAUUGAAGUGUUUAUAUGGUCUAGCUCCUAAUUAUUUAAUUGAAUUAAUUAGCAUCAAAAAACAAUCCAUGUACUCUCUUAGGGCAAACGAGUCUUUGUUACUCGAAUUAUCUAGUACUAAGACCCGUCCAACCCUUGGCGAUCGUGCAUUCCCGUCAGCUGCACCCUAUCUUUGAUAUGCAUUACCUUCGACGAUUCAGCCUUCAAAUAGCUUCUUAUGCUUUUAGUUACAUAAUUUUACUUUGACAAUAUUGUGAAGCGCAACUGAAUAUAUCCAUAUAGAGGUCUGCGCUAUAUUAUUAUUAAGGCAAACUUAACCAUACAGAGAACUUAGCGAGUAACGAUGAGCCGAAGAGCUACAAUAAUUUUAACUUUUUGAAAUUCGUGGUGGUCACCUUUCUGGGUUUCCUCUCAAUACCGUAAAUAAAUUAGGUUCUCUUU